CAGUGUCCGGCCGUUGUGUUGGCGGAGGGAUCUGUGUACGCGCUGACUGAGGCCUGGUCACACGCCGCGCGGCCUCGCAGUACUGCCAGACGGGAGGAGAGCGGAGCUGCAGCGCUCGGUCAGCGGACACUGGCUCGUUCUUCAAAAUGACGCAGUUUUUGCCCCCCAACCUGUUGGCUCUGUUUGCGCCCAGAGAUCCAGUUCCAUACCUGCCACCUUUGGAGAAGCUACCUCAUGAAAAACACCACAACCAGCCAUACUGUGGUAUUGCUCCUUACAUUAGGGAGUUUGAGGACCCUCGUGAUGCCCCGCCACCAACCAGAGCAGAGACCCGGGAUGAACGGAUGGAAAGGAAGAGACGAGAGAAGAUCGAGAGAAGACAGCAAGAUGUGGAAAAUGAACUGAAAAUCUGGGAUCCGCACAAUGAUCAAAAUGCCCAAGGAGAUGCCUUCAAGACACUAUUUGUUGCCAGAGUGAACUACGACACAACGGAAUCAAAGCUGAGAAGAGAAUUUGAAGUGUAUGGGCCUAUUAAACGGAUCCACAUGGUAUAUAGCAAGCGCUCUUCAAAACCUCGUGGAUAUGCCUUCAUAGAGUAUGAGCAUGAACGUGACAUGCACUCGGCGUACAAGCACGCAGACGGGAAGAAAAUUGAUGGAAGGCGUGUGUUGGUUGAUGUUGAAAGAGGACGUACUGUGAAAGGCUGGCGCCCACGCAGGCUUGGCGGUGGUCUUGGAGGCACAAGACGUGGUGGAGCAGAUGUUAAUAUACGGCACUCUGGUAGAGAUGAUACAUCUAGAUAUGAUGAAAGGGAUCGUGAAAGGGAAAGAGAUCGCCGUGGGGAAAGGAGCCAUGAGCGGGAUAAGGAGCAGCGAGAGAGGCGUAGGACUCGUUCCAGGGAGCGCCGGAGGAGGACACGAAGCCGUGAAAAGGAUGAAAGGAAACGUAGUAGAGAAAAGAGUAGGGACAAAGAUAAGGAUAAGGAUAAAGAGAAGGAUAAAGACAAGGACAGAGAACGCAAGCGCAGGAGUCGUAGUAGAGAUCGCAAGCGUGAUAGAGACCGCGAUAGGGAAAAGAAAGACGAUCGUGUUGAGGGGGAAAUUCCAGAUUCCGUAGAAGUAACUAACGAGGACUUGCCAGCAGAUGAUGUAGCAAUCGAUGGCAUUGAGUUGAAGACUGAGCCAGAAGAAAAAAGUAGAGAACGUGAUAGAGACAGGGACAGAGAAAAGGACAGGGAUAAAGAGAGAGACCGCGAUCGGGACAGGAGACGUAGCCAUAGAGAUAGGGAUAGAGAUAAGGACCGGGAAAGAGGAGAUAGAGAUAGGAGACGUGAUAGAGACAGAGAUAGGGAUCGAGAACACAAGCGGGAUAGAGAUCGAGGUGACCGCAGUGAGAAGAGAGAGGAGAGGGUCCCAGAUAAUGGUAUGAUUCCAGAACCAGUUGAAGAGACUAGCCAAGAUAUGUACUUAGACCAAGAAUCGAUGCAGUCUGGAGACGGAUAUUUAUCCACAGAGAAUGGCUAUAUCAUGGAGCCUCCCAUGGAGUGAUCUUAUUUAUUCUCGUGUAAACUCCAUCCUCAAAGGAACUUUUUUUCCGUAGCCAGAUUUCUGUGCAUUCAAGAGCCACAGCCACGAUUUCACUUGUGCAUACAACUUGGAUCCCCCAUCUCCCCCAAACAUGAUUUAAAUGUGGAGUUACUAAUGCUAUUCAACAUUAAUUUCACACAACUGCAGUGGGGAUUGUUUUUAUUAUUUUUUUUUUUUUUUUGUAGGUGGGUAUGUUUUACAGGUUUAUGUAACCGUCAUCCCUGAACUUGUGUAAAGUGGCAUACAUUACAUUUGUUUUUUUUGUUUUUUACAUCCUUUCAAAAAAUAAAAUAAUUUUAAUGUUG